GUGCUGAGAUGAAUUAAAUAGAUUCUCAAAAGAGAAGAGAUGGAAUGUUUUGAUUCCUGUCAGACUGUCCUCAUAAUGAGGCAUUUGAGCGCCCCUAGCGGCUGAGCAGAGUACUUUUCACGCAGGGCGUGAAUGCGUGACCCCUCCCCCUCCACAGUCGAUCUGGAAAAGAAAAAAAAAACUUUUUUGUAUCGAAGGAAUCAACAGCCGCCAUCUUGUUGUGGCUCGGAAUUAGGAUUUCGUUUCAACACGGGGUUUCACUCAGAAAUUAAACAUACUUAUUGGGACAUGACAACGUCCUUUUAGCGAAAAUCAAAGCUUGAAAAUACAUAGAAGUGAUUUUAUGCGCAAAAACUGGAGUUAGAUUGGUAUUCGUCGGGCAAAAUUGGUCCGUAUAUCUGAUUUCCCCUUCAGAGUGCGGCGUUUCAGCUCGUGUCGCCUUUCAGGAGCAUUAUUAAUCGUUGGUAAGCGGAGGCCACGUCAUGACUGUAUGUAUGUAUGUAUAUGUAUGCCUUCUAAGAUAAAACCUCCUUUGCAUCUGUGCAUUUUUGGGGAGCUUUGCGCGAUUUUUGCAUGAAGAAAUUUGACGUCACGCAAAAUGGGUACUUUGAACAUCUAGGAUUUACCUGUCUCCAGAAAUGCUGCAAUAUACCUGAUUUUUUAAAUGCUCAUUUCGACACGCGUCCUUUACAUGGGGAUCGUUGGAACGUAGAUCAUUUAAUGACAAUAAUGUGGGUGUUGGGUGUUGGAUUAACAUGGGGUGAAUGGCGGUGGCGAAGCGGGGCGCUAUUGCAUCUCUUUUGAAGGCUCUGACACAGCGAGGAGUUGCUAACAGUUAACUUAGCAGCCAAUUAGCUAGCUAUUAGCCAGUUAGCAAACGGUGGCAGCUUGCUGAUGAGUUAACCGAAAAAGCAAACAUUUAUUUUCGAGGGGGGAAAAUCGUACAGUAGUCAACCUAAAAUCUAGGCAGACGUGGAAAGAGGUAUGGCUGAAAACUUACUCGAUCACGGACCUCCCAGCACCAAACGGCCGAAGCUGAAUUCACCUGCACUGUCAGCGUCUGAUGGACAAGAACUUGGGUCGCUGUCUUGGGAUGAUUUGGAGAAUGACCUUCCUGAUGAACUAAUUCCCAAUGGAGGGGAAUUAAGCCAUAUGGGUGGAGCUGGUGGGACCGGCACCUCAGCUGGUCUAGCUGGGAGCGGUGGUGCCUCUAUUGUCCCAGAUGCUGCUGCAAAGCACAAACAGCUCUCUGAACUUCUUCGAACUGGUAGUACGACCAAUAUCACAGGCACUGGGCUCAACUCUGCCAGCCCUCAACCUGGUGGUAUUGGGGCUGCACUGGGAACACCGCUGGGUAAGAGCCCUCUUGGCCAGGGCUCUCCAAACAGCCACCCGUCACCCCAGGCCCAGAAGGCAGGAACCCCUACUGGAGUAGCAGGGCAGAAUACCAGUAAUACUGCUGCAACAAUGGGCUUGAGCACAGCUGGUUUCACUCAAACCAUGAUGAACAAUAGCCAGGGUCAUGCUGGACUCCAUAACCAAGGGGGUCAGCCUCAGCCGGGUCAAGUGAUCAAUGGCGGGAUUGUACCUGGGACCGGGAGAGGACGUGGUGCUGGAGUAGCAGGGAUGCAGUACCAGGGACAGACAUUACAGGCAACUGCACCAGGAGGAACUGGAAGUGCUCUGGCAGAAACGCUCACUCAAGGAGGACAGCAGAUUGGAGCUCUUACCAGCCUUGGUGCUGCCCAACAAGCAGGCAACUUGAACAAGCUGGCCCUGGGUAGCAAUGGAGGUCCAUUUGGGGCUCAGUCGUAUGGUCAAGGUGCUGCGGGACCGGGCCAGCAGCUAAAUUCUCAGCAGCAGCAGCUUCAGAGCAAGGCCGCUCUUGCCAACAGCCUGCCGCAGUUCCCUAAUGAACUCAAAGGGGCUGCUGUCACAAGCAUGCCUAAUAUGCUCCAACAGCAGCCGCAGCAACAGGCGACCAUGCUUCCACUGGCCAACAGCGGCGGAGUGACGGUCCCUUCGGCAGGCCCGACGGCCGAUCCUGAGAAGCGCAAGCUGAUCCAGCAGCAGCUGGUCCUGCUGCUUCAUGCACACAAGUGCCAGCGGCGGGAGCAGGCCAACGGGGAGAUGAGAGCCUGUGCUUUGCCGCACUGCCGCACCAUGAAGAACGUCCUCAAUCACAUGACCCAUUGUCAGGCUGGCAAAUCUUGCCAGGUGGCUCAUUGUGCAUCAUCCAGACAGAUCAUCUCCCAUUGGAAAAAUUGCACACGGCACGACUGUCCUGUCUGUUUGCCCCUAAAGAAUGCCAGUGACAAGCGCACCCAGCAGCCUAUGGUGAGCUCCCCAAACCCAGGCCUUCAGAACCCCAUGUCCUCUGUUGGUGUGGGGCAGCCCAGUGCCCCCGCCAUCAAUACCUCAGCUCCAAUAGACCCCAGCUCCAUGCAGAGAGCCUACGCUGCCCUCGGUUUGACUUACAGCAGCACACCCACCGGACAGAACCCAGCCCAGCAGGUCCCAGGACAAACAGCGGGUCCCCAGACCGGCCAGUCUCAGCAGCUUCAGCAGCAGCUGAGAUCCAUCAAUGCCAUCGGUAACCAGAUGACUCUUGGAGGUGGGACAAUAGGUGUGACCACUUCAGAUCAGACUAAUCUGCACACGGACUCUCUUCCCAACACACUCAACAAUCAGCUGCUGCCUGAUGGAUCAGCUGUGGGAGCGAUGGGAAGUCUUCCCACCGCAUCGCCCAUUGCAUCCGCCGGCUCCAGGAAAGCCUGGCAUGAGCACGUCACUCAGGACCUGCGCAAUCACCUUGUUCACAAACUAGUACAAGCCAUAUUCCCCACCCCCGACCCGGCAGCUUUGAAGGACAGACGGAUGGAGAACCUGGUGGCUUAUGCGCGGAAGGUAGAAGGGGACAUGUACGAGUCUGCCAACAGCCGAGACGAGUACUAUCACUUUUUGGCUGAAAAAAUCUACAAAAUCCAAAAGGAAUUGGAGGAGAAGAGGCGCUCACGGUUACAAAAGCAGAUCAUCAAUCAGGCAUCAAUCACUCAGGGGACGCAGCAACCCGGCGUUCCCCAAGCCAAUGCUAUGGGUGCAAGGCCACAGAAUGGGCCCGCUUCUCUACCAAACAUUCCAAAUCCAAUCAUUAAUCGCAUGCAGGUUUCACAAGGAGUUAACCAGUUCAACCACAUGGCUAUGACUAACCAGAUGACCCCGGCACAGAUGGGCCCCCGAGCUGCUUCUCCUAUGAACCACCCACAGCAAAUGAACCUGAGCUCCGUUCCACAGAUGGGCAUGUCUCCCUCGAGAAUGCCUCAGGCCCAGGGUUUGAUGGCCGGACACAACAACAUGGUGGGCCAGACAGCCAGCCAGGGGCAGUUCAUGACUCAGACUCAGUUUCCUCCAGGAUCUGGGGCGUCGGGGGCCAUGAAUGUCACUACAGGGCCUGGGAUGGGCCAGCCGCCAGCACAAGCCGCCAUCACCCAGCAGCAGCAGCAGCAGAGCGCUAACCUCCCCACCAAUGCUCUGGGCCCCUCACUCAGCUCCCAGCUAGCCUCCUCCCAAACCCCCUUGCACCCCACACCUCCACCAGCUGCCUCCUCUGUCUCAGCUGCUGGGGGCGCCUCUAACCUGCCGCAUCCCCAGUCCUCCAGCCGCAGCUCCACCCCCACCCUCCCCGGCUCUGCCCCAGCUCCAGCCCAGGGGGCCACUCCACCCUGCCCCUCUCAACCCCAACCCCAGGUGGAGCUCUCUACAGCAGCACAGACGCAGCCCCUUCCACAGCCCCCUACCACGCCGCUGUCCCAACCUGGGGCCAGUCUGGACAACCGAGUGCCCACGCCUGCCUCCGCCGCCAGUGCAGACCUGCACUCUCAGCACACUGCAGCGGACCUCCCCGUCCAGGAGGUCAAAGCAGAACCGCAGCAUGGCCAGCAGGAGUUUGAGGCUGCUGGCAUGAAAACAGAACCCAAAAUGGAGACUGAAGAUGACUCGACUUCAAGUUCUGUGAAAAAGGAAGAGCAGGAGGUGAAGGACGAGCAAAUGGAGGUGGAGGAGAAAAAGCUGGUGAUGAAGAAGGAGCCUAAAGACGAGGAGGAGAGUGGAACCAAUGGAACAAGCUCCUCAUCACCUCCUCAGUCACGACGAAAAAUAUUUAAACCAGAGGAGCUGCGGCAGACUUUGAUGCCGACGCUGGAGUCCCUUUACAGGCAGGAUCCCGAAUCUCUGCCGUUCCGACAGCCCGUAGACCCCAUGCUGCUGGGUAUUCCUGACUACUUUGACAUCGUGAAGAAUCCGAUAGACCUAUCUACCAUCAAGCGCAAGCUUGACACGGGGCAGUACCAAGAGCCCUGGCAGUAUGUGGAUGAUGUGUGGCUGAUGUUCAACAACGCCUGGCUCUACAACCGAAAGACGUCCCGGGUCUACAAGUACUGCUCCAAGCUGGCGGAAGUGUUCGAGUCGGAGAUCGACCCGGUCAUGCAGAGCUUGGGCUACUGCUGCGGGAGGAAGUACGAGUUCUCCCCUCAAACCCUCUGUUGCUAUGGGAAGCAGCUCUGCACCAUACCAACUGGAGGCACAUACUACAGCUAUCAGAACAGGUAUCUGCACAUGCACCAGACUUAUGCACUAGUACUAGUGUUUAUAAGGGAGAUUUGUCCCCUGAAACCUAAAAGAUACGACAACAACUACGGUUAUUUGUAUUUUUUGUUUUUAACGUGCUUUAGGAUGAUAUCAAAAGAUCAGUUUGAACGUAAGAAGAAUGAUGUGCUGGAUCCUGAACCUUUUGUUGAAUGUAAAGAUUGUGGACGAAAAAUGCACCAGAUAUGUGUAUUACACUACGAGGUGAUUUGGCCAUCCGGAUUCAUCUGUGAUAACUGUCUAAAGAAAAGUGGGAAAACUAAGAAGGAAAACAAGUUCACAGCAAAAAGACUGCAGUCGACAAGACUUGGAAUGCACAUAGAGGACCGAGUGAAUAAAUAUUUGAAGAGACAGAACCAUCCAGAGGCCGGAGAAGUCUUUGUGAGAGUGGUGGCGAGCUCUGACAAAACAGUGGAAGUCAAGCCGGGCAUGAAAGCCAGGUUUGUGGACACUGGUGAAAUGCCAGAGACCUUUCCUUACAGAACCAAAGCACUUUUUGCAUUUGAGGAAAUUGACGGCGUGGACGUUUGCUUUUUUGGCAUGCAUGUGCAGGAGUAUGGCUCUGAAUGCCCAUUUCCUAACAACAGACGUGUCUACAUAUCAUACCUGGACAGUAUUCACUUCUUCAGGCCUCGCCUUUUAAGAACUGCAGUCUACCAUGAGAUACUGAUUGGGUAUCUUGAAUAUGUCAAAAAGCUGGGCUAUGCUCAGGGCCACAUCUGGGCGUGUCCCCCCAGUGAAGGAGAUGACUACAUUUUCCACUGCCACCCCCCUGAUCAGAAGAUCCCUAAACCAAAGAGACUGCAGGAGUGGUACCGAAAGAUGCUGGACAAAGCCUUUGCAGAGAGGAUCCUGCACGACUACAAGGACAUCUUCAAACAAGCGACUGAAGACAGACUCACUUCUGCCAACGAGCUGCCGUAUUUUGAAGGCGACUUUUGGCCGAACGUUCUGGAGGAGAGCAUUAAGGAGCUGGAGCAAGAGGAGGAGGAGAGAAAGAAAGAGGAGAACACAGCUGCCUCUGAAAUGCCUGAGGGAACCCCAAGUGACAGCAAAAACGCUAAGAAGAAGAACAACAAGAAAACCAAUAAAAACAAGAGCAGCAUCAGCCGAGCCAAUAAGAAGAAGCCCGGAAUGCCAAAUGUAGCAAACGACCUGUCCCAGAAGUUAUACGCCACAAUGGAGAAGCACAAAGAGGUGUUUUUUGUAAUCCAUCUUCACUCGGGUCCCAUGGUCAACACUUUGCCUCCCAUUGUUGACCCCGACCCCCUGAUUUCCUGUGACCUAAUGGACGGCCGGGACGCCUUCCUGACUCUGGCCCGGGAUAAGCACUGGGAGUUCAGCUCCCUGCGGAGGUGCAAGUGGAGCACAAUGUGCAUGCUGGUUGAACUGCACAACCAAGGACAGGACCGCUUUGUGUACACUUGUAAUGAGUGUAAGCACCACGUGGAGACUCGCUGGCACUGCACUGUGUGUGAGGACUUUGAUCUCUGCAUUAACUGCUACAACACGAAGGGCCACGAACAUCAGAUGGUUAAGUGGGGUCUCGGCCUCGAUGACGACAGCAACGGCCAGAGCGGGGAAGCUUCGAAGAGCCCGCAGGAGAGCCGUCGCCUCAGCAUCCAGCGCUGCAUCCAGUCCCUGGUCCACGCCUGCCAGUGCCGCAACGCCAACUGCUCUCUGCCGUCCUGCCAGAAGAUGAAACGAGUGGUGCAGCACACCAAGGGCUGCAAGCGCAAGACCAACGGCGGCUGCCCCGUGUGCAAGCAGCUCAUCGCUCUGUGUUGUUACCACGCCAAGCACUGCCAGGAGAACAAGUGCCCCGUCCCGUUCUGCCUGAACAUCAAGCACAAACUCCGCCAGCAGCAGAUCCAGCACAGACUCCAGCAGGCCCAGCUGAUGAGGAGAAGGAUGGCCACCAUGCAGGGCAGAACCAUGCCCCUGCCGUCCCCACCCCCAUCCACCGCCCCCAGCACUCCCACCUCCCACGCCCAGCCCAACACCCCCCAAACGCCCCAGCAGCCUCUGUCCAACCAGCCGCAGACUCCUAGCUCAGCAGGUGUCCUGUCGCCGUCUUUCCCCACCGCGCCUCGCACCGCUCAGCCGCAAGCGCCGGUCUCCCAGGGGAAGCCCGGCCCGCACGCCUCCCCUCUCCAUCAGCAGCAGCCCGCCCUCCCCCAGCCCCCCAUGCAGCCUAAGCAGCUAGCACAACAGCAGGCUCCGCCCGCCGCAGUCAAAAUGGCGAAACACAUCGAGAUGAUGGCGCAGGCGCAGCAGAACUACAGGUUCAACAUGAACGGCAUGCACAUGAACCCUCAACAGCCUCAGCAGCGCAUGGCUGGACCGGCACAGCCCACCAUGCAGAUGGUGCCCGGCCCCCGGGGACCGCAGGUAGUGCAGUCUGCCAUGGCUCCGGGACAGUGGCCGGGGGCGGGGCCUAUGCAAGCCGCCCAGACUCCACCAUCGGGUCUCGUCAUCGGUCAGACUCCUCAGCAGCCGAUGGGCAUGCAGCGCCCCAUGAUCGCACCGGGGCCGCAGGCUCAGCAAGGCCAGAGGAUGUUGAUACCGCAGCAGCCCGGAGCCCGGCCGCAGACGCCACAGAGACCCGGCACCAUACCGCCCAACGCCCUGCAGGACCUCCUGCGCACCCUCAAAUCACCCAGCUCACCUCAGCAGCAGCAGCAAGUCCUCAACAUCCUCAAAUCCAACCCUCAGCUCAUGGCCGCUUUCAUCAAACAGCGAACAGCCAAGUACCACGCAAACCAGCCGCCACCGCAGCAGCAGCAGCAGCAGCAGCAGCAGCAGCAGCAGCAACCCGGCAUGCAGACAAUGCAGACUAUGGCCCUGCCAGGAGGCCCGGGGCAGAGGCCAGGGAUGCCUCUGCAGCAGCAGCAGCCUGCUGUGCAGGUCAUGGCCCCCCUCGGGGCCCCCGGGCAGCUGAUCAAUGCAGCUCACAACAGCAGCCCCCAGAUGCAGGAGAUCUACCGGCGGCAGCUGAUGAAGCAGCAGCAGCAGCAGGGGGGGGGGAUGCCUCAGGGCCAUCCCGGACAGUUCCCUGCUCCGCCACAGGGGGCCUCAAACACGUACUCCCAGCUCCGCAUGCAGCAGCAGCAUCAGAUAAGCAUGCAGGGAGCGGCAGGGGCAGCCGGGGGCCCCAUGGCUCAGCUGCCCCCCAUGAGUCAGCUGGGUCAGUCUGCCAUGGGGAUGGACUCCUCCCAGAACCUGCUGCAUCAACGGUUGCUGCAACAGCAGCAACUUCCACAGCAGCAGCAGCAGGCUGUCCUGAAGCAGCAGAUGGGCUCCCCGGCCCAGCCCAGCCCCAUGAGCCCCCAGACCCACCUGCUGGCCCCCCAGGCUCAGGGGGCAACCUGCCUUUCCGGACAGCCAGCGCUAGCUAACGCCCUCAGCAACCAGGUCCGUUCUCCGGCGCCGGUCCAGUCUCCCUGUCCACCGUCGCAGCAGCAGCCCCAGCCUCCACAUUCCAGCCCCUCCCCCCAGGUCCAGAACCAGCCGCAGCCCUCCCCUCAGCAUCCUCCCCCACACUCAAACUCCCCCCAUCCAGGACUGGCCAGCUCGCUGCAGUCCAUGGAGCCGGGACACUUGGGCACGCCGGAACAGAGCGCCAUGCUCCCACAGCUCAACACGCCCACCAGGGCGGGGCUGAGCAGUGACUUGGGACUAGGGGGGGAUGCUACCGGGGACACUCUGGAGAAGUUUGUGGAGGGAUUGUAGCAUUCGUACAAAGAGCAGAAGGACUGGUUUGCUCUCCCAGGGACCCGCCCUCCCCCUGAGCCGCCCAUCCUCCAGACUCGAUCCUCCAGGGCUUCGUUUGUUCUUUCUAAAGUUGUAAACGGUUCUUUUGUACUGGUGUGUAUAAAGUUUAAGAUGUUGGAAAAGCUCCAUUUGGUCAAACAAAAAGCCAACAACUUUAGGGAAUUCCAGCAUUUCCUGAAUCCACAUGGCUGAUGUUUCCUCCUCUGAAUGGUUCAGGAGUUUGCAGAGUUUGUUCUUUAAUAAAAUCACAAAGAAUAUAUUUUGGGUUGAGACCAAAUGUGUUAAGAUCUCACUGUCAUUUUGGUUUGUUUUUGCUAUAGUUUCAUGCCUUUAUCUCUUUUUUUUAAAGAAAUGUACAAUUGCAUUAUAUUAUUUGUAUCAUUUUAUUUUGUACCUUUGAGAACAAAAGUAAUACAUUUGUGUUGAACUAAAAUAUUUUGGCCAGGCUUUCAUUUGUUCCUGGCAGUUGUAAUGUAGUGUUGUUCCAUAACUUCAGGGACGGCUCCCUUCCCCUCUGUGUGGAUGAAGAUCACUCACUUGUAUUAAAGUAGGAAAUGGCUUUUGUACUCACAGGCAUGUAUGCAGGCACACAUGAAGACACUGACAAAAACCCUCACUAAAACAAAAGCAACGUGGAACGGUUUCACCAAAGUAGAAAACAAUGGACUGCAACCUCCAUGUGGAAGAUGUCUUGCAGGUGUAGAAAGUUGUUGCUAUGACAUUAAAACGAUUUUGUCAUACUUUUUGGCAUACAGAUGUUGUAAAGUGUAAAGAGAGAGCGAGAAAGAGUCCAGCCCCAAGCUGAGGUGGAAUGAUAGCAGGGUGUUGUAGGCUGCGUCUCAAUAAUGCCCUCAAUCUACUCUAAAGGGUCCAGGGAAUUUUUGGGAGUCUCCUCCAAGCGAACAUCAGCCCUCAGUCCUCUCACAGAAACUUGAACUGGGGAUUAGCUUUUUUCUCCUAUUGUAAAUCAAGCUAAGCAAAUGACUAUAAAUAUAAGGAAGAUAGAAAGGAAUCACUGUAAAACUGGUAAGACUCAUUUCUUACUUCUAUACCAUAUUGUUAAAUAAAUGGUGUGCAACAGAAGAACUGCGGUACUCUGUUGACUGAAUGAGGCA